GCUUGCAGUAGGGAAAGCUGGAAACACUGACCCAAGGAAAAAAAUGGAAAAGAAGCAAUAACGCCAGAUGCGCCUUCUUUCCUAUUCAGUCAUUGCCUGUAACAGUUCGUUUUUUUAGAGGAUAGAAGGCGUUAGCAAGUUCACAGCAUAUUCAAGGUAUCUCGGAGAUGGACCGUGUGUGGGCCUAAAGCAGACCGCAGACUGAAGCAGUCUCCUCGCUCCCCCGCACCCUGAGCAGCAUGGACGUGGAGGAGUUCCCUCCGCCGCCUCCCGAAAUGUUAGCGGAGGACAUGGCGUUAGACGACGAAGAUGAGGGUGAACUGUUUGACUUUGACGAUAGCGGCGACGACAUCCCAGAGGCCGAUCGCCCUCCUCCUGCCCCUCCUGCACCCGACUACUCAGAUCAGGGCACGCUGGGAGGUGAGUGCCCUCCUCUACCUGGGGCUGCAGCUCCAAACCCCACUCCUGAGGCCAGCCAGGCUCCAACCAACACCACCCCAACCACAACCACAGAUGCAGGCUUCCCUCCUCCACCCCCUGAAGAGAGCUGUGAAGCCCUCAGCACCAUAACCACUAACCUUGCCACCCCUGCCCCCUCAUCUGCUGCUUUGGAGGCUCCGUUACCCCCACCUCGCCAGGAAGAGCCUCCACCCCCUAAUACACCUGCCCCAGAGACUGACUUACCUCCACCCCCAGAGGAUGCUGCUGCUGCUGCUACUCCCACUCUAGAUGCUGGACAGAAAGAUGAAGGAAUGUCCAGCCAGGCUGCCGGCCCUCCCCCCGCAGUGCCCCGGGGCACCUCCCAGGGGAAGGUCAACCCUUACUCCGUGAUUGACAUCACGCCCUUCCAACCGCAGCUGCAGCAGCCACAGACGCAGCCCUCAGUGCCCGCCUCUUCCUCUCCCGUUGCCGAGAAGGAGCCGGAGACCCAGGAGGUGGCCAGCAGCCCUGGUGUGCCCUCUGGCUACUCUGUGCCCGUGCCCUGCGGCUAUGCCGUGCCCUCCAACGUGCCUAUGAUCACGCCAGCCUACACCACCCCUGUCAUCAUCAGACACCUCUCCAUGGAUGAAGAUGUUACUGUGGUGGGCACAGGAAAUGCAUCUGGUGAUAGCGUAUUUACUGAAGAGCAGCCAGUCAUCAGAGAAGAAGAUGCUUUGACUAAAUGGGUGUCUGAUCCUGCAAACACUGCUUGGAUGGAGAAUCCAGAUGAGGUGAUUUAUGAUGACGUGCCCCGAGAGAACUCAGACUCUACAGACCCUGAUGAGAUGAUCUACGAUGACGUGGAGCUGGGGGACGAGGGCAGCUCGCUGGGGGAUGGCUGGAGCUCCAGCGAGUUCGAAAGCUACGAGGAGCUGAGCGAUGGCGAAGGCCACGAGAACGGCCUCCCCGACGCCUUCGUCCGCAGACGGACGCCCAGCCGGCGGACCCAUCUCUCUCAAGAUCUGACUCGUUUGAAAGAACACUAUGAGAAAAAGAUGAAAGAUCUCAUGGCAAAUGCCGUGGGCACGGUAGAGCUCCAGCAGCUCAAGCACAAACACGAGCAGAAGGUGCAGAAGCUGGUGAAAGCCGCCAAAGAUGGGACCAAAGACGGCCUGGAGAAGACCAAAGCAGCCGUGAAGAAGGGCAAAUCCUUCAUCAGAACCAAAUCCUUCUGCUCCGAGCGGAAGUCGACCUGCUUCGAUGAGGAGGAGGCCGAGAUGUUCAUCGAUGUGGACUGCCUGAGUGUGGAGCCAGUGUUGGGGCCAGCCCCAGAGGGUCUCUCGCAACAGCAGGUGGUGAGGAGGUGUAUUCUUGAAUCGAUAUUAGAAAGUGAGAAGAAUUAUAUUGCUGCACUGAAGCGCAUAUUAGAGCAAUAUGAGAAGCCCCUCUCUGAGAUUGAGCCCAAGUUGCUAAGUGACCGGAAGCAGAAGAUGACCUUCCAUCGUGUGCGUGAGAUCCUCCAGUGCCACGCCCUGUUCCAGAUCGCCCUGGCCAGCAGGGUGUCGGAGUGGGACAGCCUGGAGAUGAUUGGAGACGUGUUUGUGGCCUCAUUCUCUAAAUCGAUGGUGUUAGAUGCCUACCGGGAGUAUGUGAACAACUUCAGCACGGCCAUGGCAGUGGUCAGGAAAGCAUGCGCCACAAAGCCUAGCUUCCUGGACUUCCUCAAGCACCGCCAGGAGACCAGCGCUGACCGUGUCACUCUCUAUGGCCUCAUGAUGAAACCCAUCCAGAGGUUCCCUCAGUUCAUCCUCCUGCUGCAGGACAUGCUUAAGAACACCCCAGUGGGACACCCUGACCGCCUCCCGCUGCAGAUGGCCCUGACUGAGCUGGAGACGCUGGCGGAGAAGCUCAAUGAGAAGAAGCGAGAGGCAGACCAGCGCUGCGAGAUCAAGCACAUCGCCAAGGCCAUGAACGAGCGAUACCUCAACAAGCUCUUAAGCAGCGGCAGCAGGUACCUGAUCCGCUCGGACGACAUGGUGGAGACGGUGUACAAUGACCGUGGCGAGAUCAUCAAGACCAAGGAGCGUCGCCUCUUCCUGCUCAACGACGUGCUCAUGUGUGCCACGCCCAACGCACGGUCUCCUCAGGAGGGUGGAGGUGCUCUGACCUCGGGCCAGAAGUUCCUACUGAAGUGGAGUGUCCCGCUGAGCUUUGUGGAGGUGCUGGAGUUCGGCUCCAGCGAGGACAUGGGGGACGCUGGACGCUUCCCCACACCACACUCCGGAGAGAAGGUGGUCAUCAACGCCAAGCCAAAUAAACUCUACAUGGGUCCAGGACAGCUGUAUCAAGAUCUGCAGAAUCUGAUCCAUGACCUCAGCCUGGUCAACCAGAUCUCUCAUAUGAUUGGCAGCUUAAAGGGGAACUACCAGAAUGUGAACCCUACGGUGGCCCAAGACUGGGUGUCUGGCCUCCAGCGGCUCAUCCUGAAGAAAGAAGAGGAGAUCAGGGCGGCCGACCGCUGCCGAAUCCAGCUGCAGUUACCUGGGAAACAGGACAAGACUGGGAAACCCACACAUUUCACUGCCGUCUUCAACACAUUCAGCCCCGGCAUCAAGCAGUCAUGGAUCAGUAACCUGCAGAUGGCUAAACUGGCCUUAGAGGAGGAUAAUAUGCAAGGCUGGUUUUUCGCUGAAGAUGAUGGGAAGCAGAUCAAGAAGCAGAAGCACCCUCUCCUGCUGAAGCAGAUGCCUGUAGUCAUGUCCAAACUGCAGGAGUUCAAGGUGGAGUGUGCGGUGCAUAAUCCAGAGCCUCAUGUGAACAGUGAGAGCACCGCGGACAUGCCUGCCCUGGGCCACGGCUUUGUGUGGGUGGCCAGCUGCACCAAUCAGAUGGGGCAGAUCUCCAUCGUGGCCAUGCAGAACUCCAGCCCCAAAGUGACCGAGUGCUUCAACGUGGAGUCGCGCAUCCUCUGCAUGGCCUACGCGCCCAUGGAGGAGGUUUUGGCCAACGGGGAGGGCAGCUCGGACGGUGACCCGCAUCCAGGGAAGAGCGGCCACGCACCCACCAUCUGCCUGGGGAUGGAGGAAGGGAGUAUCUGUGUUUACAAAAGCAGCCAGCGGUCCAAGAAGGUCCGUCUGCAGCAUUUCUUCACGCCAGACAAAUCCACCGUCACAUGCCUGGUCUACACGUGCCAGUGUCUGUACGUGGGCCUGGUCAGCGGAUCACUGGCCAUCUACUCCAGAGCUCCAGAUGGGUCCUGGAACUCGACCUCCCCUAAGGUGCUGAAGCUCGGGGUGCUGCCUCUCAAAGCUCUGAUCGCCGUGGAGGACCACGUCUGGGCCUCAUCGGGUGGACAGGUUUUCAUUGUGGGCACCCAGACCCAUGCAGUAGAGCGUCAGCUGGAGGCUCACCAGGAGGAGGGCAUGGUGGUGUCCCACAUGGUGGUGGCCGGUGUGGGCAUCUGGAUCGCCUUCAGCUCGGGCUCCACGCUGCGUCUCUUCCACACCGAGACCCUGGAGCACCUGCAGGACAUCAACAUCGCUACGCCCGUCAACAGCAUCCUCUCAGGGCACCAGAGGGUUUCCGUGAGCAGUCUACUUGUGUGUCACAGCCUGCUUCUCGUGGGGACCAACUUGGGUGUGAUCGUGGCUCUGUCUGUCCCUCGACUCCAGGGAAUCCCCAAAGUCACAGGCAGAGGCAUGGUGUCUUUCCACGCUCACAACAGUCCAGUCAAAUUUCUCACCAUGGCAGCGGCAGUGUGCAACCUACCACAGGGCAGCCUCGCCGGCAGCCCACCCAGCCAGCCAGGGCCCCCCGAGGGGGAGAGGCUCCCCUGUUCGCCUGGCGCGGCCCCAAACUGCGUCCAGGACCAGCAAGGCAUCUGCACAGGUGACACCAGUAGCCCCUCAGCCACCACUGAGGAUGCUUUGUCCUGCGGCUCACUGGCCCUCUCCCAGGGGUCACUGGAGCACGGCCCGGAGGACGGUGCCAUCUACGAACAGCUCAACGACCCGGCCUACACACAGAAGGGCAAGCGCAGCCAGAAGGUGGACGUGAGCUCUUUGCUCGUCGUCUCUGGAGGCUUGGGUCACCGCCGGGUGAACAGGAAGACCAAACAGUCGCGACAUGAGGAAACCAUGUCGACAAUUAUGGUGUGGCAGAUCCCUCUGGCUAAUGUGUGAGGAGGGGAAAAAGGAGGAGGACUACUUAGGGUAGUACAGGGUGGGCAUCCACACCAGACUAAGACCCACAGUGCCCCACGGUUUAUUCUUUAUGAGCUCUUUGUUAGGGCCAGAUAUCAAAGAGGGGGUUGCUACCCUACUUGAAUCCAGUCAGGUUCCUAUGGAAACUCACUGAUAGUUUGUUUGCUAGUGAACAUAUAGGCUCAUAGUUGGGUCACAUGAUGAGGGAAUACCGUUUAGAGAUGAGUACAUCACAUUUAAGUGAAUGAAGAUUCCAAUCUGAAGGGAUUUUCAAAACAGUGUUAAUUAUAGGAUAGGAGGGCCCAGACAAAAACUCUUUGGAACCACUUAGUCAUGGCACCUGCAACAUGGACUUCUGGUUAUGAACACAUAACCCACCUUUGUUUACUGAAACGUCUUUUCAUAAAGCAAAUUUACAAAAGAGGAAUAACAUGGCUAAUAUCCUGUUAUGGACUGGAUGUGUUUCUAUUGCAACUAUUGACUCCUUUUGUUUGUUUGUUUUUUUCUUCUGAGGGAGGAGUCUACUUUGCAGUCGUCGUUGGCUUAAUAUAUGCAAUUUGCAUAGUAUGAAUUUUCCAUCCUUCUAUUGCUGUUUCUACAAGAAAUCCAAGUAACACAAUGUGUCAACUUCCUGAUACAACUCUUGUCUUAUCUUUUCUUACACUUCCCUGCAGACAUGGAUAUGAUUUGUUCUUUACUUCUUUACCAACAUAAAUAUUUCGAGACCUGCUCCGUGUCUUAGGCCAACACAUGCAGUAGUAGGAGGUAAACUACGCCCAGUGAAUGGCCAUGAUGUUUUGACUGCAGUUCUGCUGAUAGCCUCUGUAAUAACUAUGGAGUAAUAACGAUACGAGGGGGAAAUACUGGCUGGCCAGGUUUCCAUUGUGAUUGUAGAAUGAGAUGGAGGUGUCAUUUUGUUUUUGUCUUUUAUAUCAAAGAAGAGAAAUUCAUCAAACAUCUAAAUUAAGCUUGAGACUUAAAAUGUAUUUAAGAUAACCCAGAGCUUUAUUCUGAACCAUUGUACUGUGUAUCCCUGGUGUGUAUAUUAACAUUUAUGAAAUGUUUUAUCCAUCUUUUUGGUGUAUUUUCAUAUUUAGUGUUGUCAUCAAAUUAUGCUUUUGUCUCAAAUGAUUAAUUAUUAAAUAUUGUACUAAAGAUUUAA